ACAAAACUUCAGGGACCGCUAGAGUGGCCUUCGUUAAGAGUCGGGCCGAGGGUUUUCUAAUCGGAUUUUGACAAUCUCUCUUCAUUCCCAACUCUUCUAAACUCGAGUCAAACCUCUCAAAACUCUUUGCCAUCACCAACUCACUCUUUCGAUCAUCAUCAACAAUGAAUUGUAUAUCGAUUUGAACUUAAAUAUUUGAUAUACACUUAGUUUAAGACAUAUUCACCGAUUGAAUUUAGGGAUGACACCAACAGUUGAGAAAAAGGCUAGGAUUGAGUUGUUCAAUGAGAGCAAUCGAUUUUAGACUCCCCACAAUGACCAGAGUUUAAGGGAUGAGAAAGCUUUGAGCCGGUCAUAAUGGAGCGAGGCGUCGACUUCACAUGGGUAAGAAAUUCUUCUACCCCUUCGCAUUUCGGUAAUCAGGGAUGGACUGGUCCUUUCGCUGCCCCAGAACAUGCAAAUAAGGACAUGAUUAGAGAGUUCUAAGCUCACAUUAGAGACACGGAUCCCAAUGUUGAGCACAUUGUCAUAAACAUUCGUGGGAUUCAAUUGAGUUCUCAAUCGAUCUCAUUGCUACCACUCUCAACAUUCCUAAGGUUGAGAACGAUGUUUUUGGGAGUAAGUCAAUUGAUAAUUUGCCUCGUGUUUCCGAUGUUGCAUCCGAUUUGUAUGGAGUUCCUACCAAAAUCAUUUCUUUCCCGAAAAAUGCAACCGUUGUUAAUUGCUUCCGAAGAAUCCCAUUUUCUUCUUCGAAUCUUCAACGGUAGCAUCCAAACCCUAGACUCCAUCAAAGACCGUAUCAGUCAGAUCUUUAACGACAUUUUCUGCAGUAAACCCAACAGAGAUUUAGUCGAUAGAAGGGGGAGUGAGAUAUUUCCAAAUGCCAUUAAGGAUAUGAUUGCUGCAAAUGUUGGUGAUGGAUAUGAGCUCAGAAGAGCAGAGUGGUGGUCACAAAAGAAGGAUUGUGAUGAUGAAGGAGAUGGUUCGAGUGCGGUUUUUAAUGCUUUGGAUGAAAUGUUGAAGGGUAGUUUGAACCGCUUGAAAUCAAUGAGGGAAAGUGUGUCAUGGACACGAUUAAGGAUUAGUAGCUGCACUUUGGAAGUAGAUUGCACUCACAAAGUAGCCACUAUGCGGGCUUUGUGUUUGGAAGGUAAGUUGGGAGUAGCUCUGUGGUUUUGGACCAAAAUGGUACAACAAGGUGUUAUUCCUGAUGUUCUUACUCACAAUUUCCUUAUAAAUGGACUUUGUAAAAUCGGUGACUUGGAGAAGGCUGAGUGGGUUGUUGGAGAGAUGUUAUACAGGGGUCCCUCUCCAAAUUGUGCCACCUACAACACAUUAAUGAGGGGUUAUUGCCUUACCAACAACGUGGACAAGGCUCUUGAUCUUUUAUCUUCCAUGGCUAAUUCUCGUGUUACACCAAAUAGAGUUACAUGUAACAUUCUUGUACAUGCACUUUGUAAUCAAGGUCUAUUAGAGGAUGCUAGAAAGCUUCUUGGGGAAAUAUUAGGUGAUAGUUGUGACAAGCAUACCACGAAUUUGAUCACCUCGACUAUACUCAUGGAUGGUUAUUUUAAGCACGAAAAUGUGGCCCAGGGUCUCAUUCUUUGGGAUGAGAUGCUCCAAAGGGGUACCCAAAUGGAUGUUGUCGCAUAUAAUGUUAUUAUUCAUGGAUUUUGUUUGAGCCGAGACGUGAACACUGCAUACAAGUACUCUUGUGAAAUGUUUAAAGGUGGUUUACUUCCUGAUGCGUUCACUUACAAUACUCUUAUCAGUGUGCUUUGUAAGGAAGGAAGGACUGACGAGGCUUGCUAUAUCCAUAGUGUUAUGUCAAGAAUGGGUGUUUCUCCUGAUGAAAUAUCAUUCAAAAUGAUUAUCCAUGGCCUGUGUAUUAACGGAGAUGUUGUUAAAGCUAAUGAGUUUCUUGUUAGAAUGUUAGAGAAUUUGGUUAUACCUGAGCCUCUCAUUUGGAAUGUUAUAAUUGAUGGCUAUGCAAGAUGUGGAGAUAUACAAAAAGCUUUAUCCAUUAGAGAUCAGAUGGUUGCAUUUGGCGUUUUGCCCAACAUAUUUACUUAUAAUUCAUUGAUUCAUGCACAAAUAAGAAGUGGAAAUGUUGUGGAAGCUCAUUCUCUAAAGAAAGACAUGCUCUUAAAUGGCCCUUUUCCUGAUUUGGUCACUUAUAAUCUAUUGGUAGGUGCUGCUUGUAAUCUUGGCCACAUUCAUUCAGCUCUCCAGUUACAUGAUGAAAUGUUGAGGAGAGGGUAUGAUCCGGAUAUUAUUACUUACACUGAGCUGCUUAAAUGUUAUUGUGUAAGAGGUAAAAUGAAGGAGGCUGAAGAGCUCUUUGUCAAGGUACAGAGAUCUGGUAUACCUAUUGAUCAUGUUCCAUUUCUAAUACUCAUGAAAAAGUACUGCAAGACAAGAAAGCUUGAUAGUGCAUUUGAUCUUUAUCAAAAAUGGUUAACAAGGGACAAAUGAGUUGUUUCAUGACCGACCUUUCAGAGGCACUGAAUUACACUGUUUCUGAAUGAGACCCAGAAUGACUUCUGCAUUACAUUUAUGCAUCUAAAUCUCAGAGUGUCCUACGGCGGAAGCUUUCUGCUUCUUGCUGCUGUGGCCUGCAUGUGCAGCUUCUGGAGGUAUGCUUUCUAAUGUUUACUAAUUGAUUAUUUAUGUUUUUUCUACCAUUUCAUACUAAUGCUUUUUCCUUUCCUUUUUAUUUUUCUUUUUCUUUUCCUUUUCCU